AUGAAGCUGCGCAUCCGGCUGCAGAAGCAGACCUGGCAGCUGGAGCUGCAGGAAGAGGAGCCGACGCUGGGGCAGCUGCGCGCCCAUGUGGCCCAGGUCCUGUUGCCCAGCUUGGGGUACAGUUCUGACACCCGGUUUGCAAUUUCAUUGAACAAGAAGGAUGCCCUCACUGCAGAUGAAGAGACCUUGUCUUCAUAUGGGAUUGUUUCUGGGGACUUGAUAUGUUUGGUUCUUGAAGAUGCCAGUCCAGCACCUAACUUGCCUUCAUCCACAGAUUCAGAGCAUUCCUCACUCCAGAGUAAUGACCACCCCUCUUUGGCCGCCAGCUCCGACCAGUCCAGCAAACAAGAUGAACCACUGGGAGAUCCAUUCCAGGGACAGACCUCGCAGUCCGAUGAUGCUGUGCCGGGGCCUAGUCAGAGUGUCGACAUGGAGUCUGUAGAGAUGGAUACCAUCGAGGUGGAAGAGGGCACAGCUUUCUAUCCUUCAGAACCGAUGCUCUGCAGUGAGACGGAGGAAGGGCAGGUGCCUCAUUCGCUGGAGAUCCUGUACCAGGCAGCUGCUUGCUCUAAUGCCAAUGAUGCCCUCAUCGUGCUGGUCCAUCUUCUCAUGGUGGAGUCAGGCUACAUACCUCUCGGGACAGAAGCCAAGGCGGUGUCCAUGCCCGAGCAGUGGCGCUCCGGCGGCGUGUACAAGCUGCAGUACACGCACCCGCUCUGCAACAGCAGCUGUGCUGGACUCACCUGCGUGCCUUUGGGGAACCUCGUCGUCGUAAACGUUACACUAAAAAUAAACAGUGAGCUUAAACCUGUAAAACGAUUGCAGCUGAGGCCAGAAUGUUUUAUUUGCAAGGAAGCACCAGAGGAAACUGCAGCCAAGGUUUACAAAGAUCUUCAGAAACUCUCCCGCCUCUUCAAAGACCACCUGGUGUACCCUCUCCUGGCUUUUACACGACAAGCCCUGAACCUCCCAGAUAUAUUUGGGCUGUUAGUGCUCCCGUUGGAGCUGAAGCUGCGGAUCUUCCGCCUUCUGGAUGUUCGCUCCGUCCUGUCCUUGUCUGCAGUUUGCCGAGACCUCUUCAGCACGUCAAAUGACCAGCUCCUGUGGAGGUUUCUGUAUCUGCGGGACUUUCGAGAUACUACUGCCAGAGCUCGAGACACAGAUUGGAAAGAUUUGUACAAGAAGCGGUACAAGCAGAGAAAAGCUGCCUGCAGAGGAAAGCUGGUCAUCAUCCAGGCAGGACCACCCCUCCCCAUCCCCGGUUCUCUGCUGCCUCCUGGCAUUAUUGGUGGGGACUAUGAUGCAAGGCCUAUGCUUCCCUUUGCCGGGCACCCAAUCAGAUCCAUCAUCCCUGGGCCUGGGGAGCUUCCCGGCCAGUUCCCUCUGCUCAGACCACGCUUUGAUCCAGUCGUUCCACUUCCGGGCCCAGACCCCCUCCAGCCUGGCCCAGGACGAGGCAAUGACAGGUUUCCCUUAAGGCCCGGCAGGGGUCAGCCAGCUGACCGUUGGCCUCCCUUCAUGUGA